CUGAAUGAUGAGAAGAUGAUGAUUUAUCUUAUAAAUAACAAACUGAAGUGAUAAAUAUAUGGGUAGACUAAAUACUGUUUAUAACGUGAAAACUAUGAAGAAGCUUUUAUUUACAUCCAGACUGAAAUUUGUCAUGUUUAAGACAAGUUAGUUGUACAAGAACUCACACACUGAAGAUUAACAUUAUCAAUCAGAUGUUAGAGGGAGGAGAGGAUUUAGUCACUGUCAAUUGUACUUUACAGAGACACAUCAACACACAUAUUGAUAAUAUACUUCAUAAAUGUGAUGUUGGUGUUGGUGUUGGAGAAUUUAGUCAAAGUAGUGACUUAAAGAGACAUGAGAGAACAUAUACAAGUGAAAAACAUCAUAAAUGUGGUGUUUGUGCUAGAGAAUUUAGUCAAAUUAGUCACUUAAAGAGACACAUGAGAACACAUACUGGUGAAAAACGUCAUACAUGUGAUGUUUGUGCUAGUGAAUUUUCUCGAAGUGGUGACUUAAGGAGACACAUGAGAACACAUACUGGUGAAAAACGUCAUAAAUGUGAUGUUUGUGCUAGUGAAUUCUUUCGCAGUGAUGCCCUAAAGGCACACAUGACUACACAUAGAGAUAAACCUCAUGCCUGUGAUUUAUGUGGAAAAGGGUUUAGUGAGCUUGGAAGAUUACAAAUUCACAUGAGAACACAUACAUGUACUGGAAAUAAACCUCAUGUCUGUGAUGUAUGUGGUAAAGGGUUUAGUCAGCAUGGUAGUUUACAAAUUCACAUGAGAACACAUACAGGUGAUAAACCUUAUGACUGUGGUGUAUGUGGUAAAUGGUUUAGUCAGCUUGGCAAUUUACAUAUUCACACGAGAAUACACACAGGUGAUAAACCUCAUGAGUGUGAUUUAUGUGGUAAAAGUUUUAUUCAGCAUAGUAGUUUACAAAUUCACAUGAGAAUACAUCCAGGUGAUAAACCUCAUGACUGUUAUGUAUGUGGUAAACGGUUUAGUCAGCAUUGUGUUUUACAGAUUCACAUGAGAACACAUACAGUUGAUAAACCACAUGACUGUGAUCUAUGUGGGAAAGGAUUUCGUCAGCUUAGUAUUUUACAGAGACAUAUGAGAACACAUACAGGUUUUAAACCUCAUGAAUGUGAUGUUUGUGGGAAAGGGUUUAGUGAUCUUAGUAAUUUCAACAGACAUAUGAAAAUACAUACAGGUAAAACAUGUAAACCUCACAUUUGAGAUGGCAAAGGGUUUAGUCAAUUUAAUAGUUAAAAAGAAAGUAUGAGCAUACGGCCAUACCUACCAUGCAAUUUACUUGAUGACAGUGGUGUAUAUAUGGAAGAGUUUGGUCAGCAUUGUAAUUUAUAUUGACAUGAGAACACAUACAUGUUAUUAACUUCAUGAGUGUGGUGUAUGUUGUAAAGGGUUUAGCUAGCUUAGUAAUCAUGGUAACACAAAUUAAUUAGUAAUUCAAAGAAACACAUGAAAACACAAAUAGGCGAUAAAAAUCAUCACUGAUGAUGUACAUGUAUGUGGUAAACAAUGAUAAAGGUUUCAGUCGACUUUGUGGUUUACAGAGACACACGAGAACACAUACAGGCGAUAAACCUCAAGACUGUGAUGUAUGUGGGAAUGGGUUAAGUCGUCUUAUUUAUUUAAAGAGGCAUAUGAAAUUACAUACAGGCAAAACAUGUAAACCUCACAUUCAUGACAUUUGUCAGUUUGUGAUGUACCAAACAAAUGUAUGCAAAUACAUACAGGCAAAUUACCUUAUGACUGUAAUGUAUGUGGUACAGGGUUUUGUUAGCAAUGUUAUUUACAUAUUGACAUGAAAACACAUUAAUCUCAUGACUGUUGUGUAUGUGGUAAAGGGUUUAGAUAGCUUAGAAAUGUCAAGAGACACAUGAGAUAACACACAGGUGAUUAAUCUCUUGACUGUAUGUGGUAAAGGUUUUAAUCAGCAUGUUGACUCAAAGAGACACAUUUGAAUACAUACAUGUAAUGGGAAUAAAACUCUAAAAUGAGAUGUUUGAGGUUUGGGGUUCAAAAUGAGUGAUAAUCUUCAUACUAAAAUCAUGAGAACACAUACAUACGUGAUAUCAUGGAUAAUUUACAAAAACAAAUGAGAACACAUACUAAUGAUAAUUUACAGACACAUCAUGUUAUGAGAACUCAUACUAUUGAUAAAUUACGUAGACACAUGAGAAAUCAUAUCAGUGAUAUCUUACAUAGACAUAUGAGAACACAUAUUAGUUAUAAUUUACAGACACAAGAGAACACAUACUAGUGAUAAUUUACAUAGACACAUGAGAACACAUAUUAGCAUGAUUAGUAAGUAAUUGAUAAAUGUCAUUCAUCUAGAAUACUUGACUGUAAAUAAACUAUGUGUAAAUAUCUGUUUUUGAUUGUAUUGUGAUGUUUGUGUGGUCUCAGGGAAGAUAAGUUUUAUGUAACUAACUAUAAUUGUUUAGUUACUCUCUUUAAAUAAAGAAUUUAUACUAUUAUUAUUAUAAUUUUUAUUAUUCAUGAUUGUAUGAAAGUUCGUCCGGGUAUUUUACUAUGUUAUAGCAUUAAUUGAUUGAUGGAUUUUAAGUAUUUUUCGUGGUUCAGUGACUGCUUGAAAAAUAAAACGUUUUUUGUAAU